AUGCUGUGCGCAAUCUCCGGCGAAACGCCACAAACUCCUGCCAUCUCGUCGAAGAGUGGCCACGUCUUCGAAAAGCGAUUAAUAGAACAAUACAUCCAAGAACAUGGCAAAGAUCCUGUAACAGGCGAAGAGCUCAAACUCGAGGACCUCGUCGACCUGAAAACAAGCCGAACUGUCCGCCCUCGACCUCCCACAAUCACCUCGAUACCAUCUCUACUUUCCGUUUUCCAGAAUGAAUGGGAUGCAUUGGCUUUAGAAACGUAUACCCUCCGACAACAACUUGCCCAGACGCGUCAGGAGCUAAGUACAGCGCUAUAUCAGCAUGAUGCAGCUGUAAGAGUUAUUGGACGCUUGAUCAAGGAACGCGACGAGGCGAGGGAUGCCCUGUCCAAGGUGACUGCUAGCGGGGUUGUAGCAGCGCCUGGUGGGGAUGAGAUGCAAGUCGACAGCAACGAUGUCCCCGAGGAUGUUGUUGAGAGAAUCAGUGCUACGCAUACCGAGCUUUCCGCCGGCCGUCGUAAACGACCUGUACCUGCUGACUGGGCCGUCCCUGAUACAAUCGGUUCUUUCACAUCCGUAUCGUCUUCUGAGCCUUUGUACCCUGGAGGGGCCUCGAUAUCUUUGAAUGCAUCGCAGGAUCUAGCUUUGGUUGGAGGUGUCGAUGGUGUUUCUGGAGUAUAUUCUCUCUCGGAAGGUAAUCUGUCGCGGGUUCUGCCUUCCCAGGAUGGCGCAAUCACUGACGCGGCCUGGUGGGGCGCUCGACCUAUUACUGCGUCUGCAUCUGGUGUCGUAAGAUUAUGGGAGGAAAGUGGCAAUGAGAGCAUAUCGUUUGAGCGACACGCAGGCAAAGUUAGCGGUAUUUGCGCACACCCAAGCGGGGGCCUACUUGGGUCGGUUGGUGUUGACAAGAGCUAUGUUCUCUAUGAUCUUGCAGCCAGCAAGGCUGUCUCACAAGUUUACACUGAUUCCGCUCUCACAAGUGCGCAUUUCCAUCCUGAUGGUCACUUGCUUGGAGCAGGUACACAGAAUGCAACAGUUGAAGUCUUCGAUACAAGGGAGAACAAGGUGCUGGCUAAGUUCGAGCCGUUGGGAGGACCUGUUAAGUCGCUCAAAUUCUCCGAGAAUGGAUUCUGGCUAGCAGUUGCAUGCAAGGGGGAUAAUACUGUAUCUCUUUGGGAUUUGAGGAAGGGCCAAAUGACCAAGGCCCUUGAGAUUGGCUCGGUGGUUGAAUCUAUCGCAUGGGAUUAUACUGGACAAUACCUCGCGACAGGUGGUGCUCAAGGAGUUACAGUCCAACAUUAUUCGAAGGCAUCGAAGAGUUGGUCCGUGCCAUUGCAAAGCGCCGUCCCAGCAGUUGCUGUAGCAUGGGGUGCGAGAGCGGAAUCCUUGGUCACUCUAUCGAGUGAAGGAACUAUUACGGUGCUUGGGGGUGGAAAUUGA